CAUUACAGAUCAAGCAGCUGUGAAGGUAUUUAGGUCUUGUCGUUUCCGCUAAGCUCGAAUCGAACUUAGGUUGCUAUGCGCCUGUUAUAGCGAGAAUCGCAUCGAGACAUUGCGCAUUUAAAGUCGGCGCGGCGAAUAAGGUCGAAUUAUGGCCUCCGCCGCCUCUAUCGCCGUCACCACCGCCGACCCACACAGCGCUGAAAGCAUCAGCGCGGGCAGCGGGAUCGAGGCCGCGACGAAGGGCGGCACGGGCGAGGGCGAGGGCGCGGUCUCGUACCACGCGUUUCGGUCGGAGGAGGCGGAUCUGGCGGCGGUGAUGCGCGCGGUGCAGGCGGAGCUGUCGGAGCCGUACUCCGUGUUCACGUACCGCUACUUCCUCCACCACUGGCCCGCCCUCACCUUCCUCGCGCGCGCCCCGCGCUCCGCCAACCAAGGCACCGCGGAGGCAACAGAGGGGGACGACGCGGAGGGGCGGUGCGUGGGCGCGGUGGUGUGCAAGAUGGAGGCGGAGCGCGCGGUGGCGCGGGGGUACAUCGCGAUGCUCGUGGUGGCCAAGGAGUGGCGCGGGCGCGGCGUGGCGACGAGCCUCGUGACGCGCUGCAUCGAGGCGAUGAAGGCCGCGGGGUGCGCCGAGGUGGUGCUCGAAGCCGAGGUCACCAAUGAGGGCGCGCUCGCGCUGUACGGGAAUCUAGGGUUCAUCCGCGCCAAGCUGCUGCACCGGUACUACCUGAACGGCUCAGAUGCGUUUAGAUUGAAGCUGCUGCUGCCGUCGGCAGGGGACGCGGCGGAGGAGGAGGAGGAGGAGGCGCUGGCCGCUGCCAUGGGCGUGGGGGCUGGCGGGCUGGCUGCUGGCAUGCAGCGCGGGUGCUGCGGGCACGACCACGGACAUGGGCAUGGCGAUCAUGGGCAUGGGCAUGGGCAUAGUCACAGCCACGGGCAUAGCCAUGGGCAUGGUCAUUCGCAUGGGCACAAGCACAGCCAUGCACAUGCACAUAGUCACAAAGAGGAAGGGUGCUGCAGCGGCCACUCCCACUCCCACUCCCACACGCAUGAUCAUGCCGAUGCACACACGCAUGACCAUGCAUGUGCACACGACCAUGCACACACGGAGCAGCAGCCUCAGGCGCCAAGUACCCCAGAGCCCCAUGCGCAUGCGCACAGCGACCCCGCUGAGCCCACCAGCAGUGCCAGCAGCGCGGGCACGGAAGGGCGCAAGGCAGGGUCCAAGGGGUCCACAAGCAGACGCAAGGGCAAGGGCGGCAAGGGGAGAUGAUGGUGGGUGCGUGCAGUGAGGCAUGGAGGAAGCAGUGUGUGGGCAGAGAGAAGAAUCUUCACUUGCGCUGUAAGCGCAUGAUGGUGCAUGAUGUGGUUUGUGUACCUGUGAGGCCUGCUCAGUGCCCUGUACGUUGCACGUUGACGGUGCUGUGGUCUGUUUCGUCCACAAGCAGCUCUCGCCGGUAGUCCAACAUUGGCUUGACUUGCUUGCUGUACGACAGAGUUUGAUUGCACAGAGUCCUGUGAGCGAAACAUCAACUGUGUAUUUCCCUGCGCACUGGUGACCUGUGUUGGCACUGCUGCUUAUUAAGCUGAGCAUGUCAACCAUUCCACCCACCUCAUCUAAACGAAUUA